UGGCUUUAGGAGGUCAAAAGUAACAAGCAGCAAAAACCAACAAGCCAGGCGCCGGCAAAGCGCAGCGCCCGGGCAAAGAGCGAAGUUGAGCGGAGCAAGAGCCCUCGGUUUUCCUCAGCACCUCUGCUUUUCUUCCCAAGAUUGGCGGUGGCAAUGGGGAUGAAGGAAGAAGAAGAAGCCGAUUACCAGAAGCAGUUUGACGCUGCUGUCCGGGUCAUUCAAGGCUUGCCCAAAAACGGUUCCUACCGACCAUCCUACGAGGAAAUGCUACGCUUCUACAGCUACUACAAGCAAGCCACGGUGGGUCGGUGCCAGAUCCCCAGGCCGGGGUUUUGGGACCCUAUUGGCAGAUAUAAAUGGGAUGCAUGGAAUAGCUUGGGGAAGAUGACCAAAAUGGAAGCCAUGGCAGCUUAUAUCGCAGAGAUGAAGAAGGCUGCUCAGAAGGUGAUCAACACCGUGCCGUUGGACGAGUCAUCGGAGGACAUGUUUGCAUACUUCGAACCCCUCUACGAAGUGAUACACGAUAUGCCCAGGCCCCCCGACUCCUUCUUCAAGAAGAAAACAGUGAAAACGGGCUCAGAGUCUGCCCCGCUCCACAAUGGCUCUUUAAGGGGACUAGCUGAGAACAUCCCACCCGAACACGGAGAGUGCAAUCAAACAGGACAUGCAGACAAAGAAAUCAAGAGCAGCCAUAUGCCCAGCGAUUCGGAGAGCGAGGUGUUCUGUGACAGCCUGGAACAUGUGGAGCCCGAUCAGGUUAGGAGGCUAUCAGCCGUGCAAAACAAUAUUCAGAGUGGAGAGAAGACUGGAUAUAAGACCUCAGCAUCUUCAACCAGGGAAGGGAAACCCAACAAAGUUCCACAAGCCAUCCCUACCGGCGAGAGGGGUCCCGGCAACAGUGCGGGUGCCGUGAUCCAGCAAGACGUCGACCUGCAGGUGAUAAGCGCCAUUCAGGCUUUGCAGGAGGACAUGAAGAAAGUGAUGGAGAGACUCAGCUACCUGGAAUCCCAGACAGCUUUGCAGGGCCACACGUCGAUGCUGAAACCUUGUUGGCCAACCUCCUUGCACAACGGAAAGGAACCGCCAGGUUGGCCUGAACAGCUGUCUCCUCGCACCUGGUUUUUCCUGCUGGCUUGGCCUUUCAUCAUCCAAUGGCUGCACUGGUAUUUUCAGAGGCAGAAGAGGUGAAUUGCACAAAAGACAACAAACCCCCUUGGAAAAACCAAAGGAGUCCUGGCACUUUUGAACUCUGAAGAUUUGACGCUUGCCAACUUCCGCAGCCUACCAGGGAUGGGCACAUCUUGGUUUUUUUUGCCUAAGCCCAAUGC